UGAAGGCGCUCCCUGGUGGUCUUGUCUGUGACUUGAAAACACCCCCUCCCAUACGGAGAACCACUAAGUGGGGCUUCAUAUGUAGGGCAGAAGGAGAAGGAGAUGACGGUCUGAAUCGAGAGAUGUUUUUUAUUUCGGAGCUGGCUGAUGAUUUCAUUGUCUGUCUGCUGGAGUUUGAGCUCGUGCGUGCGGAUGCUGCGUCGGUGCUGAGAUGCUGAUGACAGGCCGAACCCGCCAGACAUACCCCUGUAUCGUGGAUGGAGCCCAAAGCUAAAAUAGCCGAAAGAAGAUAAAUCGUAAAAACAAGGAGAGGCCAGUUUGAUCCAGUCUGUUUUGAGGAGGACCGUGUAGCGGCGGAGGCGACAUGUUCUGAGCGGAGAGCCGGCGAGCGAGGGCGUCUGGCGGGAUGAAGGCACCGAGGAGACCGAGACAGACGCGUCUCCUCCCGCGGCUCUGCGUCUGUGGAGUCACUCUGCUCGCAGUCGCCUGGGUCUUCAACUUCAACGAUGUUACAGGUUCCCACGCAUCCACUGUGAAUUAUGACAUCUUGUCCAAGAGAGAGCUCAUCCAGCAAGAAGAAGACAACAACAAGACUGACAGUAUUUCUAGAUCUGCUAUCAGUGAUUUUCCUGAAGACAUCUUCACUCCAGAGCAGAGGAGACAGGGAGCGGUACUCCUUCAUGUUCUCUGUGCUAUCUACAUGUUUCAUGCGCUGGCCAUUGUGUGUGAAUUUUACUUUGUGCCAUCACUGGAAAAAGUAUCAGAGAACCUUCACCUCAGUCAGGAUGUUGCCGGGGCAACCUUCAUGGCAGCUGGGAGCUCCGCCCCCGAGCUCUUCACCUCUCUGAUUGGGGUGUUUAUUACAAAAGGAGACGUGGGUGUGGGAACUAUCGUGGGAUCAGCUGUCUUUAACAUCCUGGUCAUCAUCGGCCUCUGUGGCAUCUUCUCUGGACAGCCCAUCUCUCUGAGCUGGUGGCCUUUGUUCCGUGAUGCUGUCUUCUACAUCCUGUCCAUCGUGGUGCUUAUCAUGGUUAUCUAUGAUGACAAAGUCCUGUGGUGGGAGACCAUCAUCCUGAUGUCCAUGUACGGACUAUACAUAAUCAUCAUGAAGUUCAACAGAUCUCUGUGCAGCCUGGUAGAGAGACACUGCACCAGGGCAGGUCAACCAUGUCUGAGUAGCCUACGACGGACCACUGCAGUCGGAAAUAUUGGAGACUGUGACAACGACAUGGUACCGCUGAAGCCAGAAUCAUGUGUGGUGGCCGGCCAGGACUCAGGGGUGGUGAUGGUGGAUGAGAUGCUGAACCUGCAUCCCCACCAGCUCUCCUUCUCAGAGGCAAGCCUCCGCCUUCUCAUCACCCCGUAUUUCCCCCCCUUCACCCGCCUGCGCAUGGCAGCACGCAUGGUCAUCAACGAGAGGCAGAGGCUGAUUCGGUCCCAGGGGGGGCCGGAGGAGGGGGAAGCUUCGGGGGAGGAAGGUUUCGGUGCUAACGGGCCGUGGGGGAGGGAGAACGGGACGGCGUCGGAGGGAGACAGGCAGCCGCUUGAGGAAGAUAAGGAGGAGGGUAAAGAGACCGGGGGGGAGACGGGCGGUGGAGUGCAGCCUAAAGAGGAAGAGGAGGAAGAGGAAGAGCAGGAGGAAGGAGAGGAGGAGAACACUCCUUUCGAACCCUUCGUCCUGCCAGAUGGUUGGUGUGUGCGUCUGAAGUGGCUGCUCUCUUGGCCCUUGAGCGUCCUGCUUCACUUCACCAUCCCCAACUGUAACCUGCCGCAAUGGGAGCGCUGGUACCUGCUCACCUUCCUGUCCUCCACGCUCUGGAUAGCCAUCUACUCUUACCUCAUGGUCUGGAUGGUGACCAUAAUCAGCUACACACUUGGAAUUCCAGAAGUCAUCAUGGGCAUCACGUUUCUGGCAGCCGGCACCAGUGUCCCGGACUGUAUGGCAAGCCUCAUUGUCGCCCGACAAGGGAUGGGCGACAUGGCUGUGUCCAAUUCCAUUGGCAGUAAUAUCUUUGAUGUGCUGCUGGGCCUGGGCUUCCCCUGGGCACUGAGGACUAUCGUCGUCAGCUACGGAUCAGUGGUGACAAUCAACAGCAAAGGCCUGGUAUACUCAGUGAUUCUUCUGUUGGCCUCCGUCAUACUCACUGUCCUGUGUGUCCAUCUGAACAGCUGGAGGUUGGACCGCAGGCUGGGACUCUGUCUCAUACUGCUCUACGCCAUCUUCCUCCUCUGCGCCGUCGGCUUCGAGAGUUUGUAAAGGGCAUGCACCCUCCCCAUGCUCACUCACGUACAGGAGUCAUACAACAGGACGCAUGAACAAGAUGUCCGACUUGUUCUCCUGCUUCACCGCUGCCGUUAUCAGACGUACGGACGGAUGAAUUUUCAUUUCACAUGUUUGAGCAGUGUUACUUCGACACCGGCUGCCUAAAAAGCUACAUUGUUUACCUUUGAUAAACAAGUAUUUUACAUGGUUUUGUACCUCCAGCCCAGAUUUUGUGUAAUCAGACCCAACUGGUCUCGCAAACAAAUUUAUAAAGUAUUGUAUUUGUAUUCUGAAACAAAUAUUCUAUAAGAAACCCCAAUGUGUGUAACUUAUUCAUAUGUUAUGACUGCCACGAGUAACCUCAAUGACCAGAUGAUUACACAUAUACAGUUAUGUAGUUGCUUCUCAGUACUUGAAGUUAUUUUAUGUAAAGUUUAAUGUUGAGUUUCACGCCUUUGUGUCUGUGGUUGUAACCAGCAAAGCAUGGCUGAUCAUCACGCUCCAGAUAAUUGCACAAAGCCGCUGUUGUCUUGCCCCCUCCCCUCCCCCCCUCUCUUUCCUCAAAGCUUCUCAGCACAGAGGUGGUAUUUCUGUGCUGGAACGAAGGCAAUGUGUUUAUGAAUGUCUGUGUUUGGAGAGAGUCCUUGAGUGUGUGUUGUUGAGUGAAAUAAAAUAUUGUGUUCUGUGAGGUUUUGCUUAUGUCUUCUGUA